CAGGGCACAUCAGUUGAUCCUCUUGAUAUUUGGGAUGGAUUUUUGCACAGCAGCUCUGAAAUCAAGCCCCUCCAGAAAAUUGCUCAGCAAAUUCUCUCCAUUUGUCCAAAUUCUGCUUCAUGCAAGCGUCUUUUCAGCAUCUUCAGUGCAAUCCUCACAAAAUGGCAAGAUCAACUUUCCACCCAGAAUCUUAUGCUACUUGCAGAGUUGAAGAUGUACCUCCAUAAGGAACAUGUUCACAAAGAAUCUGUCAGGAAGUGGCUCAAACGGCGCUACUGCCAGAAUACCACCAAGGUCAACCCUGCGGAGGAUGAUACAAAUCCCUUUGGCGGUCCCCAGCAGACAGGUAGCAAAGUUGAUGAGCACAAAGGGCUACACCAAAUUGCCACACACUUGAUUCAAGCUGUCAAGGAUGAGGAGUCAUUCACAACCUCCAAGAUUAUGGAGGUAGUUGCUAAUCCUUCAGACUUCCAGCGAGUUCCUAUCAAAGAUCUCUUUGAUUUCUCUCGUGCUCAAGAUUGGCUAGGAUCUUUCUACCAAACGGCCAUUCAAGGCUUAGAUGCUGAGAUUAAGUUAUACAAGCUGUUGGAUUUGGAUGCCAACGGUAUUGACAAUGCAGAAUUUCCUCAGGCAGAUGACCUUUUGUAUGAGUAA